GUGGAUCUGGCCAGUCUGUGGCAACAUCGUACGGAGUGCCUCAAGGGCAAGUAGCCCAUUAAGGACGUAUUUUUACUUGUUAUUAUAUUUAGGAGUGGUUCAAAACUGGAAAUAAUUCACCGGAUAUAUAAAUGCUUCCUGGAAAGGGGGGGCAACCUGGAGUUUCCAGUGUAUGUGAAAAGCACACUGCUUUGUUCUAGCUGUGGGAGUGAAGCUGUUUCACUUCACUUGGAUUUCAUGACUUCCUUAUAGCCUGGAAAUAACACUGAAUUUAUUCUGCCAUUCAUAAAGACAGGAGUAGUUCAAACAUAUCUGGAUAAAUCCAGGGAAUGGUGGAUCAUUUCCUCCCGAUUGAGGAGAACUUCCUGUCUUACAGUGGCAUAGACCCUGCUUCACCUCUUGUGUACCAUCUGUCGGACAUGGUGUCAGACUCGGGGACCUAUCAGGUGAUGCCGUCACCAUUCUCUGAGGAUGAUGUCAGUGACGCGUCGAGUCUGUGUUCCUGUUCCUCACCCGAUUCCCAGGUCCUGAGCUCCAGUUUCGGGAGUUCAUCUAGUGCUGAGAGCCAGGACAGCAUCCUCAACUUCUUGCUAUCCCAGACUUCCCUGGGGGGUGGAGGUGGCAGCAGUGCUGGGGUGUGUGCUGUAAGCCCAACUCCCCUAGCAAGUAUCCUUUGGGACUCACAGAGAGACAGUGUGAAAGAGGAGAGCUUUGACUUUCCGAUAUGGUCCUCCUCAAACAUGGAGGAGACACAUGUUGAGCCUUUCCAGCCCACUCUGGAGGAAAUUGAAGAGUUCUUGGAAGAGAACAUGAAUGGGGUGGUGUCCCUCAAGCACGAGCCUAGAGAAGAUGGUUCACCGCUGGGCUUGGAGUUAGAGCUGGAAAUGGGAUUUGGAACAGGAGUGGAGGUCAUGGAAGAGGUAUCACCCAGAGUACUAAUGAGAAAUACCUCUGGGUCUGAGCAGUAUUCUGACCAAACUGUGCCAGUGGCCAACCUCCCGUCCAUCUCCACAAUUGGCAACAAGACCAAAAGCGCAAAAAGUACUCCAGGUAUUCCAGAACCAAGCACAGAGGCACAGGUUGUCAUAAAGAAGGAGGUGCAAAGCAGGCCUGUCUCUACUGAGGAUAGCAGUAACACCAGUGCUGGAUUGCCUGUAAUUCUCCAAAUCCAACCCAUUCAGAUCAAACAAGAGAAUCAGGGACUCAGUGGGACUGCCAUGGUUCCCACAGCAACUCAGGCCUCAGCCCCUGCCACAGACAUUAAAAUCACUCAACUGCUGCUGAAUAUCCAAGGACAGACCUUUGCACUUGUCCCGCAGUUCCUCUCCUCUUCCCCCUCCUCAUCUUCAGCUGUCCCUAAUUUCAACGGUUCGCCUAAAUUUGUGCGGAUAGCUCCUGUGCCCAUUGCGGCAAAGCCUGUUGUGAGUGGAGGGGAUGGUGCUGGCUUGGGUGGGAUUCAGGGAGGACUCCUGGCAGGUGGAGCACAGAAGUUCCAGAAGAACCCAGUGGCGGAUCUUAUCAAAAUGCACAAGUGCAACUUCCCAGGCUGUGCCAAGAUGUACACCAAGAGCAGCCAUCUUAAAGCUCACCUGAGGAGACACACUGGAGAGAAACCGUUUGCCUGUAACUGGCCUGGCUGUGGAUGGAGGUUCUCCCGCUCAGACGAACUGUCCCGUCACCGGCGUUCCCACUCUGGGGUGAAGCCAUACCAGUGUCCCGUGUGUGAGAAAAAGUUUGCUCGCAGCGACCAUCUGUCCAAACACAUAAAGGUCCACCGCCUUCCCCGUGCCAACCGGACAGUGAACGGAGAGUGAGGGACUCCAGUGAAGAGCGAACAGAUCAGAAGAUAAAAGGGAACCUAGCACAGAGAGAGAAGGGGAAGAUCAGAGGUGCAGUGUGGCUUGUGAUGGAGCUCAUUCACCUGCUGAAUACCGAACACCUCAGGGCAGUAAGAGGGGCUGGUGUAGAGAAACUGGAGGAUGCAGGAGGAAAUUCAGCGUAUUCGAGCCGCGCAUUCCCUGGCAUACUGAUGAGGUUCCCUUUGGGAAGGCGUGUCUUUGCAUACCAGCGGGUGCAUUCCCCUCUCCGCGCAGCCUCAUUAGACCCAUCAGACUGCAGCAGCAAGCCGUGGAAGCCCUGAGUGGAGCCUGGGCUUGUAUACGUCGUUGAUCUGGCUUUUUUAUUCUCUCCUCCAGUGUUUCUGUGUGAAGUAAAACUGGAGAUGUGCUGUGAUGCACUUGAGUUCCCUUCAAGACAGCAGGCGGAACAGCCAUUUAAUGGCUGUUCCCAUGAACCCAUCCUAAUGAGCACACAAGGCCAGCUUACCCAGUGUCUGGGUCUUUUCAACCCUUCAGUUCUAUUAAGACAAAGAAUUGCUUCUCUGAAUGUGACUGUGUGUAUGUAUUCAGAUCUAAUUUAUUUGCAUAGCAUGUUUUACAAUGUGUCACAAAGCAGCUUUAAAGAAAUUAUAUAUGAUGACAUAUACUAUAUUUUAUUAUAAAAGUGGUGACAUAUAGUGAUAUGCAAUAAAUUUCCUAUAUUAUUGCCCUUUG